CCGUAGUUGAGUCUCGCUAAACCAGGAAGCGAUUCUCACUAUUUACAUUCUGUUUGUUCGGGUUUCGCGGAUUUUCCUCACACUUGACCACUAUGUCACAGGAUACCUGGUUACAGAAUUAUGAUGCUACCUGCCGCCUGGCACAGGAGGUUGCUGAGAACAUCCAUGAACGGAACAGGCAGCAGAGAACAGGCGGAAACCCUGCCAAGAUCAACAUGACACUACGGGCUUCACUGCAGAAGCUCAAACAGAAUAUUGCUCAGCUGAAAGAAAGUUUGCUGCGGGCCUCGUCAUCUCGUCGGAUAAUGCAGUCAGAAGCGGACAGACGGCAGAAUCUCAUUGAUGACCUACUGACCAGAGAGAAGCAGCUCAUUGCUACUUUUAAAGGGGAAAGCACCGAUCCUCAAACAACUAGGUCAACUCUUAUGUCCGGGAUGCCGCAGACAAGCAGCGGUGUAGCGGCCAAUCCAUGGCUGGUCAAUGAGUCAGAGGAAACCAGAGGGCUUAGUGUUGGGGAGAUCAAACAACAGCAACAGAGAAUCAUUGAAGCCCAGGAUGCAGGCUUGGACGCACUUGCCGCUGUCAUCAGCAGACAGAAGAUAAUGGGGCAGGAGAUUGGCAAUGAGCUGGAUGAACAAAAUGAAAUCAUCGACGAUCUGGCGCACCUCGUCGACAAGACGGAUGAUCGGAUUCGCAACGAAACGCGGAGAGUGAAAUUGGUUGAGACGAAAUCUGCCUCAUGUGGGAUGUUGGUGGUGAUCGUGCUGCUUCUCAUCGCCAUCGUGGUGGUCGGCGCGUGGCCCGUGUAGCCAACAAGGACGGCGCUGAAGACUGCAUUGUCUCAGUGCAAUGGACGAAAUGUCUUUUGUACACUCACUCAUGCGCCCUCCCAUAUAGUCACUGCUGGAUUACAGCUAUAAAUCUUGGGUCCCGGAUCAAACUCUCAUCUCAGCCACCUCAGGCGAUUCAAUGUCCUGAUUGGUUGCAGGGUUUUAGUGUUCUCAAUAUUAAAGCAAACUUUUUGAUGUGUAAAUUGCUGAAUGCUUUUUGUCCGUGUGGAUAUUUCUGGUGAGUUUGAAUAAAUGAUGAUCGGGUUCUUCUCCAUUGGACAAAUCACUCUGAACCAUUGUUCUGUUGCGUGUACCUAGAUCCAGUCAACAUAAACAGAUGUAACACUUUCAAACUUUGUUUAUACCUCUCCUCUCCCAACAUCCGCUGAAUCACCUGCUUCAUAGUUCCACUGGAGAAAUGACUGGUUGUCAAUGGUUCCCGGAGUGUGUCGAUGUGCUCAUACAGUCUGUGUUCGCCAUCUUGGGAGGACACAGUUGGAGUCGCUGAACAUCACUUUUCCACUGAUGUCAUCAAACUAUUAAAAAAAAAAUACAAACGUGUGCAUGCUUUUUCUUUUUUUGUCUUUUAGUGGAUCAAGUGAGGAGAUUAUGUAACAUAUGACCGUCUAAUGGAGUUAGAAAUGAGUCAGCAAAAUAAGAUUUACUUGCGUGAAUGUUCCGCCAAAAAACAUUAUAAAUCACUUUACGAUUUAUGGGGGAUUAUGGCGCCCCAAUAACCACAGCACAGUA